UGGAUUUUCUGAUGACUUGUUAAACUAUGCCACUACUGCAGUCUCUUCGACAACUUCCUAGAGCCGAAUAUGCUUCCAAAUUGGCAGUUAUUUCAAACGGUGCACAUCAACGAAAGUUAUCCCAUUCCGACUUGCAUAGGGAGAUUGAACAAAACGCUGCCUUGUUGAGGUUAGCUGGGUUCACUCCAGGGAUAUCUGUGGCACUUUAUGUGGAAGAUGAACUGGACUAUAUCAUUAUGUUUUUAUCUUGUGUUUGGGUGGGUGUUGUUGUACAUCCUAUACCUUUGAAUUGUAGCGAAGAAGAACUCAAGUCGAUUAUUCUUACUCGCAACUUGAAAACCAUCCUUUUUUCGAACAAAGAUGGUAGUCAAGUAUCCAUGAUGGGGCAUAAAAUAGCUUCAGAACUUGAAUUACAUGUUAUCCGAGUGAAACAGACCAUCAACGAGGGUACAAAAAUGGAGUUGCACGAGUUGAAGACAAUGUCAUUUGAAGAACGACAUUAUAAGAUUGAACCCAAUUAUCUUGCUUUGGUGGACCAAAUGGAAGAAACGUUUUCCAAUGAAAUAGUUUCCUUUACUCAUGAACAAAUUUGCUUGGCAAUUCAUAUGGUUUCCUCAUCUCAUGGACCGCAAUCCGAUGAUAUUGUAUGUCUGGUUGGUCAUCCAGUCUCUGUUCAUAUGCUCAUAACUAAUGUAUUGGUGGCUCUUACCAACGGUUGUCCCAUACUGAUAGCUCGGGAAACAAUCCUUCAUCCAGAGUCUGUGAUCAACCAAGCUACUUCCUUUGGUAUUACUUGGUUAGCAGCACCGUUGCCUGAAUUAUCAAGUUUGUUGACGCAUCCCAAAGCUGUUAAUAUCUACAAUCAGUUGAAGUGUGUUUGGUGUCUCUCUUCGAGUCCUUUUGUAAGGUCUCAAAUGCAAUCUUUGUUUACCAUUCGUCAUUCGUUAUCGUGUCCUCUUUUCCUCAUCGUUGGAUUGAUAUCAUCAUUGAGGUUAACCUUUCAAUAUCUCGUGGAGACUGUUGCAACAAUAGAAAAUGAAUAUGAAUAUUGGGAAAUCGGACAACCAUUUGAAAACAUUCAAGUCUUAUUAGUUAACCCCGAUUCCCGCGAUAUCGAAUCAGAACAAGGCGAAAUGUGGAUAUCUGGAGAUAUCCUAUCUAAAGAUUCCUUGACUGACCACUGCCAUUUGAAUGAUUCCAUAUUGUACAUGAAAACCGGAUGGAUAGUAAAGCGCAACCACGUUGGUCAUUUACAACCCAUAGAAACAUUGCAAUCAUAUCGACAAUUAGAGGAAAGUAGAAAACUCUGCAAUGAUAUUCGCGAAGAAGAAAACCAAGUUCUCACCAUGGAUUCCUCAGAACCUCCUUCGACUGGAUUGAAAGCCACUUCGCUUCCUAUAGUACCACCCACUUUAGACACUUUGUCUUCACAACUUGUAAGUUGCCCAUCGUCUUCUAUCGUGAAGUUACCUUUACCUAUUCAUGCCAAAAGAGAUUCAAGUUUACAUUUGCCGUGGAAAUAUGAUGAUGAUGAACCUCAAUAUUUUCGAGUUGGAAAAUCCACAUUUAGUUUGGCAGAAAUCGAUUUCCUAUUACAACUCAUUCCCUCCAUUGACAAAGUGAAAAGUUUCCUGGUCAACGAUCGAGUCCAUGUUGCAUUGACUCUCCAGCCAGGAACCAAAGUGACAGCUACAAGUUUUACAAAACAUUUAAAACAAUGGGGUAUUAUUCGUGAAGGUGUUAUCCCCGUUCAUUAUUAUGUUUGUCGUCGAUGGAAAUCUUCUACUCGGGAAUCCAUCAAGCAAUAUUGUCUAUCGAUGCCACAACACAAGGUAAAGGAAGCUUCUACCGAGUCGUUUUUAUCGAAACCUGGUCAUCAACCGACGAGAAAGGAUGAUGAUCCUUCGAAGCAUCAUCAUAGUGUAUCCAUAUUAUCAAGAGACAUUGCCUAAUAAGAAUUUAUUUCUUUCAUGGA